GGAAUAAAGUGCAUUCAAGUCGUUGGAAUUCAGAAGGUAUUACACACUUUCUGGAAUCAAAAGAGAUGGAGUUUUUCUUCAGAACACAGAAUGAGAUGACAUCUGAUUGCUCCUUCAAUGGCCUGGACAUUCAAAGAUGUCCAUUCUUGAGGAGUCUCAACUUUCCCAAACCUGUAAAGGAGGGAGGUAAAGGUCCAAUUUUCGAAGAUGAACCCAACUUUGAUAGGACAUUUAAAUUCUUCCAUGGAAAAGAUGGGGUUAUCCCGCUUUCAGGAAGAACUCAACUUUACAACGACAACAUAGAAGUAGAGUCUGCAACUCAAUUUGCCUCGAUAAGUUUGCCAUCAUUUGGACCAGGAGGUCCGUUUAGUUUUGAUUCAUUCAUUCAGAAAAGGAAUUCGCGUAAAAAGAAGAGAGAACAUUUUCCUGAAGACAAAUCAUCUAAGCACGAGGCAAUGGGAAACGAAUGGUUGGAGACGGGGAACUGUCCUAUCGCUAAAUCUUAUAGAGCAGUUAGCGGCGUUCUCCCAUUUGUCGCAUCAGCGUUUCAGUUGCCUCCUGGAAUGAAACUCAAAUGCCCGCCUGCAGUUGUUGCAGUCAGGGCUGCCCUGGCCAGGACUGCUUUUGUCAAGACCAUGCGGCCGCAACCAUUAUGUUCAAAGAUGCUUGUUAUUGGAGCCUUAGGCAUGGCCGCUAAUAUUCCACUAGGCAUAUGGAGAGAACACACGGAGAAGUUCUCAUUAUCAUGGUUUACUGCAGUCCAUGCUGCUGUUCCCUUUAUAGCGAUGUUGAGGAAAUCAGUUGUGAUGCCGAAAACAGCUAUGGCAUUGACCAUUGCUGCUUCUAUCUUGGGACAGGUCAUUGGCUCAAGAAUGGAGCGAUUAAGAAUGAAAGCAAAAGCCGAGAGUGUUGUAUUGGUAGCACAGACUGAUUCAGAUGGCAUGCCCAGGGUCCAUUGUGGCAAACAAGGAAUGCUUAAAGACCAACUCUCGAAAGAACCUCUCAAUACUAUCAGUACUCCAUAUGCCAGUCUUUGUUUCUAAACUUUUUUGGAACUGGUACUUAACCACUAGAUCUAUAGUGCUGCAAAUAAGAGGUAUGUGAUGUGACCCUUUGCCAGUGAGAGCAAGAGAUUUGACAGUAAUUGAAAGUUGGAGAGAUAUGCUCCAACAAUUGGAAAAUUGAAAAGAAAUAGUUCAACACAAACAAAAAAAUUGAAAGUUGGUGAGAAGUGCUCCAAUGCGCGUAUAACAGAAAAAGGAAGAAGGAGAGAAGUGCUCAAACACAAAGAAGAAACCAGAGAUCAGAGAGUAGUGCUCCAAUACAACAACACAACAAAGAGGCAGAAGCAUACAGCUUUGAAUGUACGGAAGAAUAAUAUUUAUGUUUAACUUUGUUUCACUCUACUAUAAAAAUAGUGAGAUGCAUCUCUA